GUAAUGGAAACCAACCCUAAGCUCCUUGUUUCUCCACUUCAAAGGUAACCUCGAUUAUUGCUGACUUAAGCAUCGGAGUGUCUACCCCGAGGAUCCACCUCGGGGCUUUGCAGGUCAAUCUAGAGUGCAGAUACGGAUUGAAGAAGGACUUCCGAUUUGGUGUAGUUACAUUUUUGGCGCCGUCUGUGGGAAUCUGAACAAAAGGUUCCUUUGUUGCUCUUAUCAUGGUAAAAACUAGGUCAGCCCGAGGCGGAAACUCGUCUCAGCCUCUUGGACGAGGUCAGGUCCCUAGCAAUCUUCCACCUCAUCCCCCACCCCCAAUCCCAAACACAUUCCCUCCUGUUGAUCAUGCAGAAGGAGAAGACGAAAAUCAACCACACAAUUCGGUUAGCCACUCAGCCUCUACUGCUAACCAAGACGUAGUUGCAACUCAGCUCGCUGCCAUGCAACAGCAGUUUGGUGUCUUUCAACAAGUGCUGGCUCAGUUAUUAGCCCGGAACAAUCCUGGCGAUCCACUCAUCAACCUACUUAAUCCUGUUCCACAACCUCCAGCCCCACCACAAAAUCCUGAGCCAGUUCAACAUGCUCCCGCUGUUAGUGAAUCUCAGGGCCAAUCUCACAUUGCACCAGCUCAGCAACCCCUUCCUGAUGAUGUCACUCGACGUCUAGAUAGCUUAGAAAAGCUAGUGGUUGAACAGCGAGUGUUAGAGGUUAACUCUUUCGACCAAGCAAUGGGAAUUACAGCUGUGAUCUCAGGUCUUGGCCAUGAAAGAUUCAUAGAAAGUUUGCUUAAGCAUCCUGCCACCACCUUCAGUGAGGUAAAUGACAGAUCGUUGAAAUUCAUAACUGCUGAGGAAUAUGCCCUGUCACAGAACCUCACCCCUAUUAAAAACCAACACCCGGACUGGAGAGACGAGAAUCCGAACAGGAAACGAAUGAAGACAACACAGAACCGAGGUCCGAUGUCGACCCCGAGAUUUGGAAGGCCGAACUCAGCACCUCCGCAACAACCUGCAGGUAAACCUCCAGUUAAUUGGACUCCUUUUAAUUUACCGAGGUCACAAAUCUUCAUGCAGAUUAAGAAUAAAAUGGACUUACGACGCCCAGGUCCAAUGAGAACUGCUGCUGCUACCAGAGACCAUACACGGUAUUGUGAUUUUCAUCAAGAUCACGGUCAUACAACAGAGCAAUGCAAUAGUCUGAGGAUUGAACUGGAAAGCCUGGCGCAGAAAGGAAUGCUGAAUGAGUACAUCCAGAGAGUUGAACAGCCACGAUUUGUCAGGGAACAAGGAACACAGCAUCAAGGAGUCCGCAAUCCCCCAAACAGGCAAGGUGUGGGAUAUCAACAGGCCCCACCACCACUCCCACCACCAGCUAGAAACCGGACUCAGAAGCGAAAAUUUGACGAUGCUGAGUGGAAGAAUCAACCCAUCACUUUCACAUCUGCUGAUCUUGAAACAGUUGUCACACCUCACAAUGAUCCUCUAGUUACUUCCCGGUACGAUGGUCCUAUCUACGGAUUCAACAACCAACCAGUUCCAGUUGAAGGAGUCCUCACCAUGAAUGUUGCAUUUGGAAGUGGUCGGAGUUAUGUGACCCAUUCAGUUAGAUUUCUGGUAGUCAAGAUGGCGUCCUCAUUCAACGUCGUCAUUGGCCGACCCAAGCUGACUGAAAUCCGAGCUGUGGUCUCUCAGUCUCACCUAUGCAUGAAAUUCCCAACUCCUACGGGAAUAGCAACGCUGCGGGGCAACCAGGAGAUGGCCCGGUAUUGCUAUAUCACCUCAGUAACACAACCUCAGAAGGGCAAGACUCAGAUGCCCGAGGUUGGUUCCAAACGGAUUCCUGAUGAUCGACAAGUUAUGGGUGUUGAGAUCGUAGAUAACCGACCAGAAGAUGAAACUAGAGCUGCUCCGGUAGAAGACGUGGAAGAGGUACAGAUUGAUGACAGAGAUUCGAGCCGGAAAACGCAAAUUGAGACUAGAUUGAACCCAGAGGAAAGAACAGAGCUUAUAGCUUUUCUUCGGGCCAAUAAAGAUGUUUUUGCGUGGACUUCAGCAGACAUGCCGGGAAUCCCCACUUCAGUUUUUCAGCAUAAACUCAGCACAAAUCCCCUCAAGAAACCCGUAGCCCAGAAACGACGCCUUUUCGGGGGGGAGAGGUUACAGGUUAUUAAAGAAGAAGUUGAGAAACUCCUACAAGCCGGCUUCGUCAGGAGAGUAGAUUACUGUGAGUGGGUCGCCAAUCCGGUGUUGGUCAAGAAAGCAAACGGUAAAUGGCGAAUGUGCAUCGAUUACACUAACCUCAACGACGCAUGUCCAAAGGAUUGUUAUCCAAUGCCAAAUAUUGAUAAGCUGGUUGAGGCAGCUUCGGGAAAUGAGAGAUUAAGUCUCUUGGAUGCAUACUCAAGCUACCACCAAGUCCCAAUGGCUCUUGAGGAUGAAGAGAAAACCUCGUUCUAUGCUGGCGAUGAAAUCUACUGUUAUGUAAUGAUGCCCUUCGGCUUGAAAAACGCAGGAGCCACUUACCAGAAGAUGAGCUUGAAAGCUGAUGAUCACUUAACCGACCUUGAGGAGACAUUCAACAAUCUCAGACAGAAUAGAAUGAGGUUAAACCCAGCCAAAUGCAUCUUUGGUGUGGAGUCUGGGAAAUUCCUGGGUUUCAUGGUUUCCCGGAGAGGGAUUGAGGUCAAUCCAGAGAAGAUUAGAGCAAUCGCGGAGAUGGAACCACCGAGGUCGGUAAAAGAUAUAGAGAGGUUGACUGGGAGGGUAGCAGCUCUUUAUCGGUUUAUAUCAAAGUCAGCAGAUAAGUGCCUACCGUUCUUUAAGGUUAUGAGGUCAGCUGCCCAGAAGGAUGAAUCAGGUAAACAAAAGAAGUUUGAGUGGACUCCGGAAUGCCAAGCCACAUUCGACGAGUUGAAGUCUUAUCUUAGCUCACCACCUCUACUGACUAAAGCCAAAGAUGGAGAAAUCCUCUAUCUGUAUCUGGGAAUUUCAGACGAAGCCAUUAGUUCGGUUCUAGUAAGAGAAGAAGCCAAGCAGCAGAAACCAAUAUAUUAUAUCAGCAGUGUGCUGCAUGGAGCCGAGCUGAGGUAUCCUAUAGCGGAGAAAGCAGCUUUAGCAGUUGUCACUUCGGCCAGAAAGUUGAGGCCAUAUUUUCAGUCGCACCCGAUCAUUAUUCUUAUAGACCAACCCCUUCGGCAGAUUCUGCAAAAGCCUGAAUGUUCUGGAAGAUUAAUUAAGUGGGCAGUAGAACUGGGGGAAUUUGAGAUAACAUUUCAGCAGCGAUCUGCAAUCCGAGCUCAGGCAUUGGCAGAUUUUAUUGUAGAGUGCACUCCAGGUAAUUCCAUUCCUACUCCGGAGCCCAAUGACUGGACCUUAUACGUUGAUGGGGCAUCUAGUAGCAAAGGUUCAGGAGCUGGUGCUCUCUUGGUUGGCUCCAGAUGGAUACCGAAUGCGAUCCAGGUAUACAGUGACUCCCAGCUGGUGGUGAACCAAAUUAACUCAAUCUGCGAAGUUGUUGAUCCUGUGAUGGUGAAAUAUGUAGCUCUGGUGGCCGAGCUGAAGUGCAAAUUCCAGAAAUUCUGUCUGAGCAAAAUCCCCCGAACUGAGAAUGAACAGGCAGAUUCACUCUCUAAAUUCGCCUCUGAUAAUUCUUCGCAUUCCAGAUCAGUUUUUGUAGAGGUUUUAGAAGAACCAAGCUUCAUGAAACCACGGGUGAUGGAGAUCAGCUCCGACCCAGGCACACCGAGCUGGACUGAUCCCAUCCUCUCUUUCUUACGAGACGGGGUAGUACCUGAGGACAAGCAGGAGGCAAUGAAGUUGAGGAGGAAAGCAUCUCGGUAUGCACUUGUUGAUGGGGUCCUCUAUAAGCGAUCUUUCUCUCUACCCCUUCUACGGUGCUUGAAUCCCUAUGAAGCAGAAUAUGCACUCAGGGAGGUGCAUGAGGGUGUCUGCGGAAGUCACAUGGGUGCUCGAACUUUGGCUCACAAAGUCCUUAGACAGGGUUAUUAUUGGCCCAACAUGUACAAGGAUGCUACUCACUUUGUUCAGAGAUGCAUGAAAUGCCAGUUCUUUGCGCACCUAACUCACCAGCCUGCAAAAGAACUCACUACUCUGGUAGCACCAUGGCCGUUUGCUCAAUGGGGUUUAGAUCUUUUGGGCCCAUUCGUGAAGGGGGUUGGUGGUGUAACCCACCUGAUUGUUGGUGUAGAUUAUUUCACAAAGUGGGUUGAAGCUCGGCCGUUAUCCAGUCUUACUUCCAAGAAGGUUGAAGACUUUGUUUUCAGCUCAAUCAUCUGCAGAUAUGGGAUCCCGAAUCAGAUUGUGGCUGAUAAUGGAACUCAAUUUAACUGUAAUUCUUUUCGAGAUUUCUGUUCCAGCUACGGGAUUAAGCUGCAGUUCACUUCGGUUUACCAUCCAGAGUCCAAUGGUAUGGUUGAAUCUGUUAACAAGUGCAUCUUAGAAGGAAUAAAACCGAGGCUGGAACAACACAAGGCUAGAUGGGCAGACGAGCUUAACAACGUCCUCUGGGCAUACAGAACUACGAGUCGAACUGCCACAGGAAAAACACCUUAUCAUCUGGCCUUUGGUACCGAAGCAGUCAUUCCUAUCGAGAUAGGAGUUCCAAGCUUCAGAGUCACCCAUUUCGAUGAAGAACGGAAUGGACAACUGCUUCGGGAGAACCUUGAUUUGCUUGAUGACCUCAGAGAAGAAGCAUGACUUCGAACUCUAGUCUACAAGCAGAAAAUAGCAAACUUCUACAAUAAACGAGUUCGACCCCG